UGAAAUAAAAGAUAUGUGAAAAAAAGUACAAGAAACUAAGGGGUGAAGUAAGGGAAAAACUAGAUCUGCAGAGCAAACUUGGGCUAAGCAGAGAAAAAGGAGAAAAAGUUCAUCCUACAGCUAGGAGACACAGGAUAGGCUACCACGAGGAGUCAUGAUAGCAAGCUCUUGUAGCGUCUGGUCUUCUUUAUGCUGUCUAAAUCUUAUGUGAGCUCUCAAGAAGUUCUACAGAUAGGGUCCUGGAGAUCAUCUGUCACUGCCCUGGGACCUUGAAAUUGACAGGUCCCACCCACUGUGCCAUCCAACUUUGCUACCCACUACCUCCUAUAUUACAAGUAAUCUCAGUUUGGGAUUCUUGUUUGCUCCUGUGUUCACUGGUGCGUGCUUCACAGGGAGUAGCUACUUGAUGAAAAUGUGAACAGGAAGGCCAAUUAGGAAAGCCCAAGCAGGGUUCCUCUGCCUUCUCCUUGUUCAUGUCCACCAAACAGUGAGGCCUGAAAUCUGCCCUUCAAUUCACAGUCUAAUUGUGAUGUCACUGGGUACUGAUGACAUCACAGAUCCCCUUGUUUCCAUGGCAGAAAACCUACUCAAGUGUGAGAAAACUUCCUACCAGUUCUCUAGUAGUACAAGUCUGUUUUGGUUGCCUGGAGGAGGAUGUCUGGCCUGAUCUCCUACAUUCAGAGUAACUUGUCAUCUGUCUCCUGGGAGUGCAAUCCAGCUGCAGCAGUGCUGCCCACAGCUCCUCCUACACCUGUUUACUACCAUGUCCUCUACCGAGGAUGUGGGGAAACCCAGGUGGGCUGGCAUGGGGAGACAUAUUGCCUGGUUGGUGGCUACCGGGCCUUUGGGGAUGCUGCCAUCACCACCCCCACAAGAGAAGAGAAGCCAGCAUCUAGGUGGCCCUAUGGGAAUGCUCCCAUUGUUAUCCCAGCAAGGGCUGAAGCACAGAAUCCAGCAUCCAAAUGGGUCUAUGUGGACACUUCUAUUAUCAUCCCUGCAAAGAUUGAAGCACAGAAAUCAAUGUAUGUACGGGUUCCCAAGAAACCUUGAAUUAUGGCAGAGUCUAUCUCCUCCAGUGA